AAAAAUAAUGUUUUGUGUUUUUCAUAAAUUGGUAAUAUAGAUUAACUUUAAAGUUUACAAUAUCUGGAGAGAAGUGGACAAAAUAAACUUUUUUUUCUUCUUUUAGAUAUGAAUCAUGGUUAUGAAGAUUACUUAUUAAUAAUUAAAUAGAAGUAAUGUCGAUCACUGUUGCUCUGGUGUAUAUUUUUACGUCUUAUGUUUAUUCCAUGCCAACCUUAGAUGGACCAGUGAAAUGUAUCAUAAUACAAGAUAAACAAGGGCUUAAUUACCCACCAGUUCCAGCUUUCCUUAAAAACAACGACGAGGAAUGUCGUCAAAAUAGCCCUCAGUGGCAAGGACAAAAAGCUUUACAGUGUGGUAACAGUGACGUAUACAUCAAACCGGAGUGCGUCUGUACAUUUCAUAACGUUUGGGAAGCAGUACACCACGAUCAUACGGCUUGUCCUUCCAAUGAGAAAUCAGACAGUGUUAUGAGUCUUAAUUGUUCAGAUUGUGAGAAACACAGCCUUAACAACAAGGGACCGUGUAUCAAUGGUGGCGGUUUAAAUUGUAACAUAACAGGAAAUGUGAUGGCUCCCAAUAUACAGUGUGAUUGUCUACCUGGUUAUACCGGAAUGUUUUGUGAGAAUCACAUGCAAAAGAUGGUGAGAAUAUGUGAUAGAGUACAAAAUGCCACAAUUUUUACUGCUUUACAAGACUGUGACAGGACAAAAAUGGAAUGCGUCACUUAUAGUGAAAAUAAGCAGUAUGCCUACAAAUGUAGUAAGGAUGCAGUAAACUCUGAGAAUUUUGGCUCUACAAACCUGCCUUUGUGUGGUAAAACAGAACACAUUGUGACAGUAGUCCCCACUUCGACGGCUACAACAAAUUCAACUUUGCCUAGCAAUGACCUGAAACCAGUAGGAGUUCAGUUGAUAUCAGGAACCGGAGAACUCCAAUAUUCCCUGCCAAUUCUAAUUAUAGCGAGUCAAAGCUCAAAUGUUCUGGUGUAAAUGUAUGUUUUAUGUCAGUUUUAACAAAUAUGAUCUCAUUAUUAAUCAGUAUUCAUUUAUUUAAUGAAUAGCUUUUGUUGAAAGCUAAUAAGUGUUUGCCAUAACUUUGUAAAUAUUGCUCAAAUGUUAUUCCAUAUUUUGUGGAACGUUUUACUUUGCAUAUAUCCAUUGUCACUGAAUUAAAUCAUACAUAUUAUAUAGUGCCGCAGGAUUUCUUAUCCAGGGAUUUUUGCCAAGAUUCAUUUGUUAUUAGAUUAUCUCUUUUAUUUCACUUGUAUGUUAUAAUGACCUAUACUAUGGGGAUUGGGCCAUGCUGGGUGGAAAUUGGUACUGGUUUGGUAUCCUUGUUUUCCAUUUGAAACUGUUGCCUUUUGCUUUGGCAUUUUGUACAAGUGCCAAAGACGUAGAAUUGUGAAUUUGAUGCUUCAUUCAUGGAGAUUUUUAGGAAAUGUUCUGUCACAUCAUGGUUGUGUUCUUACUUCUUGUCUGUCGUUUAUCCUAUGUCUACUGUGCGCCAUUAAUAUAAACUGAUAUCUCAUGUACUUCUACAUCAAAACAGCUCGAGUUUCAAUUUAAUUUUGUUGUUAAUUUGUAAAUAAGUUAUUGUUAUAUUAUUAUAUUGUUAGCCUAGAUUGGCAGAAGUUAUAAAAUUACUAUAUUUUUUGCUUAUUAAGAAACUUAAAAUUAUGUGCGGUAUGUGUUCGAAAAGCUUUCUUCUGAAAUCACGUGGUUAUAUAAGGUAUAAAUAGUAAGGCCAUGCGGUAGCACGGCACCCUAAGCUUGCUCGCUAUGAUUUAAAGAUUGUAAGACAUAUGGAGGAUAGUAAUGCAAUGGAGUGUAAUGAAGUUGGGCAAUACAGUUGGUUUCAUAAAGUGGUUAUGUAUUAGAAUUGAAUAAAAGCACUAGCGAGCAGCGUUCCUACUUAACAUGUGUUGUGUUUUAUUCAUUUAGCACUUCAUUAAUUUAUAUUUGGACGCACGAAGUGAGGGAGAAUAUAACAAGCAUUUUAAGGCAAUAGUGAUAUAUGGCUAAUUAUAAACUAUUGAUAUUGAUAAAACUGUUAUCAUGUUAUUGCAUCUUUUUCUCUUGAAUGAUCACAGUUUUCUAUACAGUUUCUCAAAGAUGAGAUUUGGAAAGUUUGUAAAUGCGUUUUGUUGUUCUGUUUAUUCGGAGUAUUCACCGACCGAUUAAACCAUUUAUUAACAUUA